AUGCAAUUCAACCAACUUUCUGGAGAAUUUCCAAAGGAAUUGUGCACACUACCUAUGUUAGUAUCUGGACAAGCUGAAGCUCAAGUAGGUCGUAUUUAUGCUGAACUGCCUAUUUACUACAGUCCUAGUGCGCAUGCAGAACCUUUACAGUACAAUUAUAUAUUUUAUACCCCAUUUAUACACCUAGGUCACAAUUGCCUUAGUGGGAAUAUACCUAUAGAGAUUGGCCAAAUGCAGCAUCUCCAGCAGCUGGAUCUUAGUGCUAACAACUUCUCCGGCAACAUUCCAGACCAGAUUUCUAACCUGAAGUAUAUUGAGGUACUGGAUCUCUCCAUGAACGAUUUGUCUGGAAAAAUCCCGGCGUCAUUCACAGGUCUUAAUUUCUUAUCAAGAUUCAAUGUCUCGUACAAUAAUCUUGGAGGACCAAUACCAUCAAGCACUCAACUCCAAAGUUUCAAUGCUUCUGCAUUUGAGGGGAAUCAACUUUGUGGUGCCCCACUUCAAAAUAAGUGUCAGACAACAGAGGGUGCUGAUGCACUUGAUACGAGCACCCAAGAUGCAGACACCAAGGAGCAUCAAAUUCCAUGGUUUUAUGUUUCUGUUGCACUUGGGUUCAUUACAGGAUUUUGGGGAGUCUGUGGUCCCUUGGUGCUUAUGAGAAGGUGGAGGUAUGCAUAUUACCAUUUCCUAGACAAUGUACAAGACAAGUUCCAAUGUUCCAUGUGA